GGAGGAGGAGGAGGAGGAGGAGGAGGAGGAGGAGGAGGCGGAGGAGGAGUUGGCGUCUUCGGUGGGAGCCGAAACUUCGGGGGGCCGGAGGGUGUCUACUCGUGCGAUUGUCCCAACUGCCUCGGCUCGCAGCGCUACCAAAACAGCGCUCGACUGCGCUCCGGCCUCUUCAACAGCGUGUCCGGCGGUAAAACCGACCUCGCAGGAUUCGGACAAACGCCCAUCUUUCCCGCCUACAACGAGACCGUGCAAAUUCGCAAGAUCAUCCCUACUCGAGGCGGUGACGCACCGAUCAUCAGCUUCUCGUUGGCCGGACCCAACUCCGGCUUCUCCAGCGGCGGCGCUGUUGGUGCUGUUGGUGGCGCGAGUCCCGGCCGUCUGGGACUCGUUCUGCCCGGCAGCGGAGCUGGCAACAAGUCGAGCCUCGAAUCGGCUGGCAACAACUUUGACGCCUGGCAACCGUUCGGCGAGGUGGUCUUUGAGACGUCGACCAUCUUCAACGAUCCUUUCAAUCUGAAGUUAACCGGAGCCCAGGGCAACAACAAUCCUCUCGGUCGUCUGACCAAUCAAAACGGUCUCGGCUGUACGGGCGGACCAACAUCAAGCGUCUGGCCGACGGGCUCGGCCCUUGGCAACCAGUCUCUAGUGCAGGUCUACAACGAGCCCGGCUCACCCAACCUCUUGGCACCCUUCUUCCUGCCUGGCCAAGAGGGCUUCGGUGAGUCGACCGACUGUCGGUCCGCUGGUAUGGCCUUUGCCAGCGGGACUCGAACCAGUGCAGCAUCAACCCUCGGCGGUCAUCGCUACGAGAACGGAGGCGGCGGCUCCGGUGACGUCACUUUGCAACCAGCCGAUCCGGACAGCCGAACGACGUACGGAUACGCGCAAUUUCAGGCAGCUCGACAACGUUUUGAGUCGUCGGACAAACAGACUCGUCGUCAGCACAAUCAGCCGACAUUGGAGGCGGGACUCGGCGGCGCACCGUUCGGUUGUGGCGUCUUCACGAGUCUGCUCACCGGCCAGAGUGCCUGCGGGACUAGCGGCGCCAGUCCGCCGCUCGGUGCGAUCCCGGCAACCGGGACGGCGGGUGGUACCGUGGCGACGGGCGCGGAGCAUUUCGGCUCGGCGGGUUCGAGCGCCGGCCAGACGGGCAUGGAACUGCAGCCGGUCUGCGGCUGCGGGCCCGGUCAGGCGUGUGGCGCUUUGUCCGGUCAGGCGGUCAGCUUGUCACCGCCGGAAUUGGCAGAUGUUCAGGCGAUACAACAGUACGUGGUGGCAGAAGAGACUGGUCCAGGCGGCAUGAAGAAGAUAUUCAGCUUUCCGGCCGGCCAGGCGCCGGGCGAUCUGACGUUGUUGCGAGCGGCUGUGGCCGCCAACAUGCCGACGGACCCGUUCGUUCCAGAGGAGACGGAAGAGUUGGAGCGACUGUGUCCCCUCGCAGCCGCCUCGGCCGGUACCGGUUUCAGAGGCGCUGCAGCCGGCCAGACCGUCUGGGGCCCGAGAGGAGGGCAGAUGGUCAGCCGAAAUGGGUUCACCUACCGUCAUCCGUCGCAGUAUCAGCAGCAAUAUCAGCAACAACAAAUGAGUCAAUCGCAAUUCGGUCCGAUCAGCACGAACAGAGGUGAGUCUAGAGUCGGCCGAUGUCACUGUUUCGGCGCAGGCUCGAUUGGCAGACCGGUUGGUAGGCCUUAA